GAGGGGCCGCGCAGCCAGGGUGAGCAUCGCUGCGCGCUGCCUCCGCUGCGGCUGGAGCCUCCGAGCGCCCCCGCCCGUCCCGGCGCACAUGGCCUGUCUGAUGGCAGCGCUCUCGGCGGGCAGCGCCUUGAAUGUUAGCAGUUCUUCUGCUAUGGCUGAGCCAAAGUCAGUGUGUGUUUCAGUGGAUGAAGUGGUCUCAAGUGGCACAGAUAACCAAGAUGCUCGGUUGCUGAAUGGGCACUUAAAAAAGGUGGACAAUACGCUAACAGAAGCCCAUCGUUUCUCCUACCUACCCCGGAGACCAGCUGUGAACAUUGAGUUUAAGGAACUGUCAUAUUCUGUCCAGGAAGGACCUUGGUGGAGGAAGAAGGGUUACAAGACCCUUUUGAAAGGAAUUUCAGGGAAGUUCAGCAGUGGCGAACUUGUUGCAAUUAUGGGUCCUUCUGGGGCUGGGAAAUCAACGCUCAUGAAUAUCUUGGCAGGAUACAGAGAGACUGGGAUGAAAGGAGUAAUCCUCAUUAACGGGCAGCCUCGUGACCUACGCUCUUUUCGCAAAGUGUCCUGUUACAUCAUGCAGGACGACAUGCUGCUCCCUCAUCUUACUGUCCAAGAAGCUAUGAUGGUGUCUGCUCAUCUGAAACUUCAAGAAAAGGAUGAAGGCAGAAAGGAGAUGGUAAAGGAGAUCUUAACAGCCCUGGGUUUGCUGACGUGUGCCAAUACAAGAACUGGAAGUCUUUCUGGGGGCCAGAGGAAGCGUCUUGCCAUUGCUUUGGAAUUGGUGAACAACCCUCCAGUUAUGUUUUUUGAUGAACCUACCAGUGGCUUGGACAGUGCAUCUUGUUUUCAAGUUGUCUCGCUCAUGAAGGCUUUAGCCCAGGGUGGCAGAUCCAUCAUCUGCACAAUUCAUCAACCAAGUGCCAAACUGUUUGAGUUGUUUGACCAGCUCUAUGUUUUAAGUCAAGGACAAUGUAUCUACCGUGGGAAAGUAUUGAACCUUGUCCCAUACUUGAGAGAUUUGGGUUUAAACUGUCCAACCUACCACAAUCCAGCAGAUUUUGUGAUGGAGGUUGCAUCUGGUGAAUACGGGGACCAGAACAGUCGGCUGGUAAGAGCAGCGCGAGAGGGGAUGUGCGGCACAGACUUCAAGAGAGAUGCUGGUGGUGAGAAUGAAUUGAACCCCUUCUUGUGGCACAGACCCUCUGAAGAGGAUUCUUCAUCCACAGAAGGCUGCCACAGCUUCUCAGCCAGCUGCCUCACCCAGUUCUGCAUCCUGUUUAAAAGAACUUUUCUCACCAUCAUGAGGGAUUCGGUCCUGACUCAUUUGCGGAUCACAUCUCACAUUGGAAUUGGACUUCUCAUAGGCUUGUUAUAUUUAGGAAUUGGAAACGAAGCUAAGAAAGUCUUAAGCAAUUCUGGCUUCCUCUUCUUUUCCAUGUUGUUCCUUAUGUUUGCUGCUCUCAUGCCAACUGUCCUUACGUUUCCUCUUGAGAUGGGAGUAUUCCUCAGAGAGCAUCUGAACUACUGGUACAGUCUGAAGGCCUACUACCUAGCUAAAACCAUGGCUGAUGUCCCUUUUCAGAUCAUGUUUCCUGUAGCCUAUUGCAGCAUUGUGUAUUGGAUGACUUCCCAGCCGUCAGAUGCGCUCCGAUUCGUUCUGUUUGCAGCCCUGGGGACAAUGACAUCACUGGUGGCGCAGUCAUUGGGUCUUCUGAUAGGUGCAGCCUCCACAUCAUUGCAGGUGGCAACAUUUGUGGGUCCAGUUACAGCCAUCCCAGUCCUCCUUUUCUCAGGAUUCUUUGUCAGCUUUGACACCAUUCCAGCAUACCUCCAAUGGAUGUCCUAUAUCUCAUAUGUCAGGUAUGGGUUUGAGGGAGUUAUUCUCUCUAUCUAUGGGUUAGAUCGAGAAGAUCUUCAUUGCGACAAAGAUGAUACCUGCCACUUUCAAAAAUCAGAGGCCAUCCUGAGAGAACUGGAUGUAGAAAAUGCCAAACUUUACCUGGACUUCAUUGUGCUUGGAAUUUUCUUCUUCUCUCUGCGUCUCAUUGCCUACUUUGUUCUCAGAUACAAAAUCCAAGCAGAGAGGUAAAGGAAGACCAAACAAAACUAUUCAAUAGGAAAAAUUUUAGUCAUGCAGUAGAGGGCACUUGUUAUUGUCUCGUUGUUGCAGGCUGGUGGCCAGUGUCCAGUUACAGAUGCUAUUAUGAUCCAGCCCACAGAGAACCAUAUUGGGUUAGUGGAUAUAUAGUGUUAAAUCAGUCCAGUUGGAUUGGGUCACAUUUCCAUUACACUUCCUAGCUUUAACUAGGAAGAAGAAGUAGAAGGGAAUUUUGCAAUGUAGAGUUUCAACUCUGAAACAGAGUAACUGCAACAAAAAUGGUUCCAUUUUCCUUUAUGAAAACUAUCUGUGAUAAGACAAUCUUUGUUCUGAGAGACAGAGCUUUAAAUGGCUGGUGAUUAGUGAUCAACAUUCAGUCAAGUACGUACUGGAGAGAAUGCAAAGAAAGUAGCAUUAUGGCUUCAUUCAGAGUGUCAUCUUUGAAGUUUUUUAUGCAUCGCUUUGCCUCUCUUUUCCACAGGAAUUACCCAUCCAAACCCAAAGUCUGUAAACGUGAUGAUGCUCAAGAAAAGAUGUCUUUUUAAAUUGGGAUGAAUAAUACGUAAAGAAAAAUCAUAGGGGUUACAUGUUACUUUUGUGUGUGUAUCUGGUGCUUUACUUAAGGAGAUGGUCUCAGACUCAGACCUUGUAAUAUUCAAGAAAAAAGGCAGAAGUGUAUACCUGUUAAAAAAAAAAAAAAAAAA